CGCGUUUUUUGGGGGGAUUUAUCUCAUAGCAUCGAUGGAAAUACGCAUUCCUAUCACUCCGUGUCGUGUGUGCGAACGUAUGGAUGCACAUAAAAUGGCGGAAAAUCGCAUCAUCUGUUGUCCUUAUGCAGGCAGGUACUCGCCAGGUGUUCAUCAAAAACACCACAUCAGGCUGGGCUGCGUCCUAUGCAUUCAUUAAAAACACCCACUUACGACCACACUAGACGUCGGCAUAUCAUUGUUGCAAAAGGGGAGGAGGAAACCUGAGGCCGACGCCUUUCUGCCUCAUACAGGUCAUGUAUGUGUGUACGGCCGCUGAUGCAGGCAGGGGAGAACAGCUUAGCCAGCGAGAGGAGAGAAUACGCAAGUCAGUGAAGAGCUACUCAGCAGCUGUAGAGAGACAAAUACAGACAAAUGGGCGCAGAGAUACAUACAUAAAGCAAAGUCAGCCAGCCAGGCAGCCAUCGCAGCAGAUCUCUGCGUGUUACGAUGCGAUCUGAUCAAUGUAGUCAACCAACUGCAUUAAGACAGUUCUCUGGCCUGCCUGGAGAGAGAGGCACUCACUCGCGACACACGAGGUAAGGAGAAAACUAGCUGGCGUGGAAAAGUGGCUGGCGUGUCGGAAAGGCCAGCUUGUCAAAAUAGUGGGAAAAUCGUGCAGCACCGCGAGCAUGUCAAUGCGGUGCUCUCUCGCCCAUCGUACAUCUGCCUAGGACGGCCUCUCUGCGAUUGCUUGGUGUGCGUCAAAAUAGGCACAAGAAAAUUGUGGGUCGUCUCUCUGCCCAUCCCCACAGACAAGAGAGAAAACCAUUUCGUGGAUGUUGUGUGCAUACGAGUGGCGAAUCAUUCACCACGUCCCUCCAUCCAUCAGCCCGCCGCCCGCCCUAGCAAGAGGGAUGAGAGUGAGUAAAGUGAUACUUCCCCCUUCCAGCGAGGGCGCGACUACCGGGUGUUCGCUGGUCACAUUCGGUCUUCACGGACCAGCGGGAGGUCCGUUGGGCCCAUCGGCAGCGCCCUCGAGAACCUCGAUGGUCAUGGAAGCAACCUGAACACGCACACACACGACGCAGGGCACCAACCAGAACUCAUCAACCGCUAAUGCAUUCAAAUCGCUCUCGCUUAUAAUUAGUUGCUCACCUCGCCCGGACACCCAUAUAUCUCUGCAACACACAGACGCACGACGACGGCCUUUUUAAUGUGCGCGUUUCGGUGUGUAUGUAUGUGCUGCAUGAGAGCACACUCAUACCUGGGCUGAGUUUGUUGCCAGCGCCCUCUCCCGUAAUACAUUGCCCGUCGUCAAUCUCGCCGUUCUCUUCGGCGCGGAGGGCAUUGCAGGUCUCGGCGUCCUGCAAUCAGCGAGAGGAAAGAGGCACGCAGGGCAGGCAGGAAGGCAAGGAGGUCUCAAGAUAUCUGACUUGUCUCCCCCCUCCCUCAAUCUGUCCCGCCUGCGUACCUGUGCAGCACUGCAUGCGUCGAGGGCGAGGCACUGACUGCGCGGUAUGUGGGUGCACAACUCAUUGUUGAUCUCGCAACCUGACGGACAUUAGACAGACAAGACGGACGGAUAGGUCCGAUACAGUUGUUGGUUGACAUGCGCCCCACUGACCGACCGGCGUCGAGGGAGGUGAACGCUGCCUGGAAGGGCGGCUCGCUAGCGUCAGCUUCCUCGUACAGGAAGUCGUUGCCAUUUUCUCUGGUGAUCAGAAUGUCACCUGCCGCCCAGCUGCACGGCACACAGGCAGCCAGGCAACCAACCAAGAGACACAGACAGACAGAUACAGCGAGUUGAGCUGAUAGGAAAGGAAUGCAUCAGUCAGUCAGUCCCAUCACUCACUCACAAGUUAUCGUUGGUGAUGAUCUGCAUCUGGGCGACGUUGACAUAGACGUCCUCCUGACGAGCCAGGAAAGCAAGAAUUGAAGUAAGGGCAUCUCAUGUGUGUGCGUGUACAAGGUCCGUGACUGACCUCUCACCUUGGGGACGUUGACACCGGCGUUAUUGAUGAAGGCGCACUCGCAUGAGAGGCGAAGCUCAAAGCAGGCCGUGUCGCCAGGCGCAAUUCCGUCUUCAGCCGCCAAAACGCCGCAGUCGACCGUGGCAGGUUCGAGGUCUCCCACAUUGCGCCGAAGCCACUCUGCCGCCUCACUGUUGACACCAUCCUAUGACGCAGGCAGCAAGCAAGGCAAGCGUGUGUGGGUAUGGGAUGUCACGUAUGUCCGUGUGUGCGUACCUCAGCGAGGUCGCAGAAGCCUCUUGUCUCGCUGUCUGAUGCCAGGACGCCCUUGUUAUAGAAGCCGAGGGAUCUCGAGGCAGCGUGGAUGAGGGGGGGCGACAUCGGCUGGUUGCCGCUGCCAUUGGUCCUGUUCUCAAUACACACCUUCACCCGCACUUGCUUGCACGACUGCUUCGCGAUCGGCUCCUUCUUGUCUGCAGUCCACACAGCCAGACCACGCACACAAGGGCAAAAGCAGAUGUGGACAUGGCAUCGGUUGUGGGAAGAGCAGCGGCUUGUCUGUUGGUUCACUCAAGGGCUCACUGACCCUGGUCGCCCGUCUUGGAUUUGAUGCCCUUGGUGUGUAGCUUGUGGCACUUCGAACAUCCGUACUUCUCGUACUCGGGCACGGGAAUGAUCAUAGAGCCGUGCUCGCCGCUGCACACACCAUUGAGAGACACGAUUCAGUCAGAGCAGAGGUGCAUCGUGUGUCGACCGACCGACUACUCACUGGUAAUUGGGGUCGUCUUUGGCGCGGUGCAUCUUCAAGUGGUGUCCAGGGCCACCGGCCUUCUCGGCCUCGGCCUCAGGCAACGGCUCUUUCCGCACCUCGUCGCCUUUCUGGUGGUCGUGAUGAAGGUCAUGAUGCGGCUCCUUACGCACCUCUUCAGCCGCCUUCUGAGCGUACCUGCAGGGUGGACACACACACACACGCACCAAGCGGACAGACAGGAGUCCGGCUGCCAACCACCAGCCAAGUAACUGGCAGGCAGCCUUGCGCACCCGCUCGUUAGCAACAGGGCAACCAGAAAAAUGGCCUUCAUGGGGAAUGUGCGGACAAUUGUGUGUCGACGGGAAGACUGGCUUUCUUUCCUCAAG